AUAGCUCUUUUUGUCAAACAAAAUGUUUAUUCCUUCACUUGACUUGGCUGACGCCACUCAAGCUUCUCUCUAUUCUUCUUUAUCUUUCUUUGGUUCUGUAAUUCUUCAAAACGGUAAUGUUGACCAAAUCAAGUCCUUAAUUAACCAAACCGGAUCUACUCUUUACUGGGCCCAUGCCAACUCAUCCGAGGAAGCCGUCCAACUCUGGGAUGUUGGUGUACUCAAAGUCAUUUUUACUUUGGAUACAUAUCUCCAAAUCCAAACUGAGCUUGCUGAUAUUGCUCAAGACCGUAUCGCUAUCAUCUCUACCUACGAUGAAAAGCUCAAGUCAAUCGAUGUGUCAACCUUCAUUAUCCAAGACGCUCAAGACUUUUCUGUCCUUAGCGAAUUUGCUAAACAGACCAAGUCUUGUUUAUUGGGUCAUGGUGGUGAGAAAUCUGUCGCUGUCCAAGUUUCCAAUGUCACUAUCGAAUCUAUUGCUGAGCUUCAAACUCAAAACCUGGACGUCAUUGUCCCUGCUUCUCGUUUAACUGUCAAUGUUGAUGACAAAUCUGACAAGUUAAACAUUGCUGAGGCAUUUUUGGCUACCGCUAAAACUGAUCGCCCUGAUGGUCUUUAUACUACCAUGGUCGUUGACGAAUUUAAUAAGGCACUCGGUUUAGUUUACUCUUCCAAGCAAAGUGUGGCUGAGUCCAUCCGUCUUGGCCAAGGUGUGUACCAAUCCCGUGGUAGAGGUCUCUGGCAUAAGGGAUUGACUUCAGGCGCUACCCAAACCUUGAAGCAUAUUGAUUAUGAUUGCGAUGGCGAUGCUUUGCGUUUUGUUGUUGAACAACACGGUGCUGGUUUCUGCCAUUUAAACACCCGUACCUGUUUCGGUCAUGAUUCUGGUAUCACUGCUUUGGAAAAGACAUUAAAGGAAAGAAAGAAUAACGCACCUGCUGGAUCUUAUACUGCACGCUUGUUCAACGACUCAAAGUUAUUGCGUGCCAAGAUCAUGGAAGAAGCUGAAGAACUCUGUGAUGCUACUGAUAAAGAUGAGGUUGCUUGGGAGGCCGCUGAUUUAAUUUAUUUUGCUCUCACAAAGUGUGUCAGCGCUGGCGUUUCCUUGGCUGAUAUUGAAAAGAAUUUAAACAAGAAAGCAAGAAAGGUUACUCGUCGUCCUGGUAAUGCUAAGCCCAAGUGGGAAGAACCUGCUGUCGCUCAAGAUACGGGUAGAAUUGAAAUGAUGAAGUAUUCUUUGGACGAUAUCUCUGUCAAGAAAAGAGCCAGCCUUUUAUUGCGUCCCAUUAUCGACUCCACCGAGAUUAUUGGCCGCGUUACACCUAUUAUGCAAAAAGUCAGAAAGGGUGGAGAUAAAGCUAUUAUGGAUUUCACUCGUCAAUUCGAUCGUGUCGACCUUCAAAGCCAUACUAUUCAAGCACCCUUCGACCCUGCUAUGAUGGAAUUGGAUCCUGAAACAAAGAAAGCUAUUGAUCAAGCUUAUGAUAACAUUUACAAAUUCCAUGAAGCUCAACUGGACAAAGAACCUUUAGUUGUAGAAACAAUGCCUGGUGUUGUCUGUUCCAGAUUUACACGUCCUAUUGAACGUGUUGGUCUCUAUGUCCCUGGUGGAACUGCUGUCUUACCUUCCACUGCCUUAAUGUUGGGUAUUCCUGCUAAGGUUGCUGGAUGUCAUGAAAUUGUGAUGGCCUCACCUCCUAGAUCCGAUGGAUCUGUUGUUCCUGAAGUGUUAUAUGUUGCUCAUAAGGUCGGUGCAUCCCACGUUGUGAAGGCAGGUGGUGCACAAGCUGUUGCUGCUAUGGCUUAUGGUACAGAAACCAUUCCUAAGGUUGAUAAAAUCUUUGGUCCUGGUAAUCAAUAUGUCACUGCUGCUAAAAUGGUUGCACAAAACGAUACUUCAAGCCUUGUUGCUAUUGACAUGCCUGCUGGCCCUUCUGAGGUCCUUGUCAUUGCAGAUAAGACAAGCAACCCUGUUUAUGUCGCUGCUGAUUUAUUAUCUCAAGCCGAACACGGUGCCGAUUCACAAGUUGUCCUUUUGGCUGUUGAUUUAACACCCGAACAUUUACAAGAGAUCGAAACCCAAGUACAUGACCAAGCAAUUGCUUUACCACGUUGUGACAUCAUCCGUAAGAGUAUUCCUCACUCAUUCACUUUAUCCAUGAAGACACUUGAGGAGGCUAUGAAGUUCUCUAAUGAUUACGCACCCGAACAUUUGAUCUUGCAUAUCGAAAAUGCUGCUAGUGUCUUGCCUUCCGUUGAUAAUGCUGGUAGUGUCUUUGUCGGUCAAUACUCACCUGAAAGUUUCGGUGACUAUGCAUCUGGUACUAACCAUACCUUACCCACCUAUGGUUAUUCUCGUAUGUAUUCCGGUGUUAAUACUAAUGGCUUUGUGAAACACAUCACUUCUCAAGAAUGUACUGCUCAAGGUAUGGACUUGCUCGGUGAUACUGUCAUGCGUCUUGCUGAAAUUGAAGGUCUUGGUGCUCAUCGCAAUGCUGUGGCUGUUCGCAUCAAUGAUUUAAGAAGAAAGUAAAUCAAAAGCUGCUUGAGAAAAAAAGUUAAAUAAUGAAAUACGGUGAACAACUCAUAGUGUUUGGAUAUUUAUAUUUUGUAAUAAAUUAAAUAAUUUUAUGUAUAUACCCGUCAUGGGGUUAAAU